GACAAUCUAUACAAGAGUUUACGGGAGUGUGAGCAGCCUCUAAAAUCUUUUUGAACUUAGUCGCGAAUUGUUUGAAAAUUGAGAAAUAUUCAUGUUUGCUCACUUUAACUCGUGAUUUCGCGGUGAUUCUAAUCUUCUUAAAGCUGGCAGCAGUACGAUAAAGUUGUUGUAUGUAACGAAAGCAACUUUUUCCUUUGAAAAAUGACGCAGAAUACAGCCCAAAAAAGAACGAAGAGGUCAUUUGUAUGGGGCUUCUUUGAAAAAAUUAACAAAGGUAAUAGUAAUGUAAAGUUGCUGGAUGUAAAACAGAGCUCUCAUGUAGUGGAAACACUACGGUUGAAUUACGUGAAGCACAAUCUGGAAAUCGAAUGUCAUCUGAUUCAAGUCUUUACGAUGAUGAGGGAGACAAUGCGGAAAGGAAUGCAUCACCAAAAACAAACAUCGAUGAGAAAAUACAUCAAGCAAAGCGGCAUUUCGUACAAUCCAGCUUCUCAAAAAAAAAAAAAGGAAUUGGACAAAGCAUUAGUUCGCUUUAUAGUGAAAGAUAUACAACGUAUCAGAAAACUGUACAACAUAUAGGCGAGAUCUUAAAACCUAUCAAAUUUAUUGCCAUAACAUACGAUGGCUGGACUAGCCGUAAAACACAAGGAUACUUGGUGGUAACUGGACAUUUUAUUUUCGAGGAAAAGCUUUCAACUGAGACAUUAGGUGUGAUACCAAUACCGUCGCGUUCGACGAGUAAAAAUUUGAAGGAAUUGAUUUCCUCAGUGCUCAAGCGGUUUCCGAGUGUAAGCGUCGUAUGCGCCGUAACAGACAGCGGCAGUAACAUGAUUUCCGCAUGUGAUUUAAUGAAGACUCCGACAUGUUGCUGAGGAGCAACAGCAGCAAGCAGCAGUAUAUACAGUUGCAAAACACAUAUCGUGAUUGAAUCAGGACAAAGAUCUCAUGACGUCGGUUGGCUGUUAACCUUGUGCUAACUGUUGGCGACAGAUAGUGGACGUUCCGGUGAAUCCACCGGUGAUCAGUCGCACCUGGAGUACGCAUGAUUGAACGCUGGCCGCACAAAAGCAGUCGCCAUUAUUCGGUAAACGAGUUGGCCUUCGCCGGGGGCAUUUGCACGGAACUGGCAGCGUUUGCUUCUAUGAGUUGUUGCAAAUAUUGUUCAAACUUUGUCGAAGAGGACGACGACGACGAAUUGUGUUUUUUACUUGUGAACGGCUAAAGUGAGCGAGAAACGGUAGUUUAUCAAACAGGAUGGGCGAGGAAAGCGUCGAGUGCAGCGAGAGCAAACUGAUCAACAAAAACGGCGACUACAGCCCUGUCAAACAGCUAGACAAUGGUGAUAUGAUGCGAAUUGAUAGCCACAAAAUGAUUGAGAUAACCGAAACCGAGGAAAGCACCGGGAGCACCAAGACUUCUACUCCCCAGUUCGAAGCCAACAGUAAUGGAAAAAUUGAAGACAAGCUGUUGGUAGCCCAAGCCAAUGGAAAGGUAGAACCGACAGCUAGAAAUCAUAAUAAGGCGGCCAAUAGUAGCGACCCUAACGAAGGCGGUGGCGUAGGCAGUGAUGAAAGUGAUGAUGACUACGAAAUGGUACCACCAGACGGGGGCUGGGGCUGGCUGGUGCUGGCGGGCUCGAUGUUAGUUAACAUACUCGUACCUGGCACGAUCAAGAGCUUUGGCGUAUUGUUCGUUGAGAUUAUAGAAGCAUUCCAGGCGGCUCCAUCGGCCGCCGCAUGGAUUCCCGCACUGUGCUACUUCCUGUACAGUUCUCUUGGGCCACUGUCAAGCAUCUUGUCGGUCAAAUACAGCUACCGAACAGUGACAAUUAUUGGUGGAACGUUUGCGGCCGUUGGAAUGAUUAUUACCUAUUGGGCCACUUCGAUCAAUUACUUGUACGUGAGCUACGGAGUUCUGGUGGGAACGGGUGCCGGAUUGUCCUUUCCACCUACCGUUUAUAUCGUGACGUCAUACUUUGUUAAGCUAAGAGGUCUGGCCAAUGGCCUGUGUAUAUCCGGAAGUGCACUUGGAUCAAUAAUUCUUCCCCCUGUAUUGCGAUACUUGCUGGUCAAUUUCGGAUACCGAGGGGCCUGUUUAAUUAUGGGAGCAAUUACACUGAACGUAUGGGUAGCAGCAAUAUUCUAUCAACCGGUUGAGAAACACAUGAAACGGGUGAAAAAGGUAAAGAAACAAGAAAAGCUCGCUAGUGGAGACACGAUCCUGGAAGAGUCGGAAACAAAUGAAGACGUGGAAGCAGCACAAAACCUAACCAAAUUGACGAUCAAGCCGAAAUUUAUGAUAACCGGAGAUGAUACACCGGUAGCCACACCCACAAUGGAACACAAAUCGCCAGACAUAUUCCAAUUUAAUCCACGAAACGGACUUAUUGAUAGUUUCGCUAGAAGCGUAUCGGCUGCGGCUGUACCCGCCUCUUACCACAGGGAAGAAGGACUCCAUCGUCACCGCAAAAUUAGCACUCCUAUCAAGGAGGAACAUCGCAAUCUCACUUUCACAAGCCAACUGAAUGAUUCCCAGGGUUCCCAUGCUCGUCUAACCCGACUGAACUCUAUGCGCAGUGGUCAGAGACUCCCAAGGCGGUCACCAUCGACCAGCAGCUUCCAGUAUAUCAGCACCCCGUACCAUGGAAGCACUCUAUCUACACAUCAACCAAGAAAGUUUUCAUCGCAUCUAUCACUCAGAUCAAUUGCGGACAGCUUUAAGCCUUCAUCGAAACAACAGGUUGAAAAAAGUGAGGAUGUUUCCGGUCGUAAAAAGUUCUUCGAUCUGUCGCUGCUUUGGAAUCCCAUGUAUUUGGUGAUACUAAUCUCUAACUCCACUAAUGCGAUUGGCUACACCAAUUUUAUGAUUCUCCUACCAGCUUACGCAAUCUCGCUAGGCUUCGACAAAAGUCUGGCGGCUUAUCUGCUAUCAAUCGUAUCCACGUUGGAUCUAGUCGGUCGUAUCGGAGGUUCCGCUCUGUCGGACGCCAAUCUGAUCCCUAAAACAUGGUACUUUGUCGGUGGAUUGUCAAUCAGCGGCCUCGCUUUGGCCGCCCUUCCCUUAGCAACCUCCUACUCAAUGGUUAGCAUUUUUUGUGCCCUGUUUGGGCUGGCAUCUGGAACAUACGUAGGAGUGACAGCCGUUAUUAUGGCGGAUAUGUUGGGAACAGAGCGACUGACAUCUUCGUACGGCAUAAGUUUGUUCGUUAACGGCAUACUACAACUGAUCGGUCCGCCAAUCUGUGGUCUGAUCUUUGAAAACAUUGGCCACUAUCAACCUCUUUUUACCGCUCUUGGAGUCAUUCUACUUGGAGGGUCGGCACUGUGGGGCUUCAUGCCGAUUAUAAGAAGAAAUCAACGCCAAAAAGAAAACAAGGCUGCUAGGGACGCUCAUCUGGAAACGGAAAAAAGUUUGAUCGCAUAAAGGAAAGAGCGUAUCUAGGACGAAAGCACAAUCGAGAUCCUGGUUUUAGAAUAGAACGCAAGUUAGCUUCAUUUUUUAUGAGUUCAUGUUUUUUUCUAUUCUACAAGAGUGAGUAUUCUUCGAAGUUCUUUUGCGCAGUCAAAAGCAAACGAGUUUGAUAAUUUAAUGGGAAAUAAGUUUUUUUUAGAUAUUCAACAAACAGGUAGUCCAUCUUAGUUCAAUGGGAGGAACAGGACACUAGCUUUUAGGAACAUACAUACUUCAGAAGAAAGUAGAAGGACACAAUAUGAGUAUUAUAUUUUUAGCUAUUUACACAAAUCAAGCGAGUUAGAUACUGAACUGUGUGAAGGUUUUUGCUGUGCAUGAAUGACCAUAUACGCUCGUAAAUAAUAACUCAUAAACUGAGCAACUCUGACUCAGUUUAGAACGAUGUUCGUAGACGUCAAAAAUUGAGCAGAAGUCCUUUUUGAUUUUGAGUAACUUUGACUCAAUUUUUGAGUUCCCUUCAUAUAACUUCUUCCUGAGUAACGUCGCAUAUAACGACGUCCAUUUUUAAAGGAGAUUAUGAUGUGCUUCAGUUUGUAACAUAUGUUUUUUAAUUGUGUGCGCCUCAGAAGGCAUUAUAACUGUUUACUUUUUUUGCAAGGUAUAAUUAUUGAUGAAUAUGUGGUGUUGUUUAUUGGUCGUGGCGGAUUUCUAGCCAAAAAUGAAACUGAACUGUACCCACAAAAUGAGUAAUGUCGUACUCAAAUUUUGAGUAAUAAUGACUCAUUUUUAAAGACGCCUGGUGUUACUCAGUUUUGAGUAUUUGUGAAGUUACUCAAUUUUAGAGUUGUUCCACUUUUUACGAAAAUGCGUCAAAUGUUACUCAUUUUAGAGUUAUUAUUUACGAGCGUGUAGGCUAGAGUCACAGAACAAUCUGCCAUCUAGGAAAAUAUGUAAGGCCUGUUCGAAGGCAAGAUGUCAUUCGGAAGCUGCGAUGUUCUUGACAAAGCAACAGAUUGCCGGAUGAAUGCGAGGUGCAUCGCGAAUAUGUAAAUAAUCAGUUUUAUCAAUGUAAUGUUUAAAUCUUUCAUUUACCACUAGACACAAUAGCGAUAAUUUAAAGACAAAGAAAAUACAGCGAUGAUAAAUCUGCAUUCUGA